AAACAGUAUCCAACACAGGCCUGCUCUUACAACAUGUGACUUCGCUAUUUUCCGUUUUUGUUGAAAGAGUCAUUAACAGUUACAAGUUGAUGGCAGUUUCAGUAACAAGUCCUUCCUAAGAAAAGCAGGAUACCACUGUACUAUGCAGAAAUCGACAAACUCCGAUACCUCUGUGGAAAUGCUGAGUUCCACCUGCCAAGGCACUGGAGCUGUGCAAAUGAGAAUCAAAAAUGCCAACAGCCACCAUGACAGGCUGAGCCAAAGUAAAUCCAUGAUCCUAACGGAUGUUGGGAAGGUCACUGAACCUAUAUCCCGGCAUAGGAGGAAUCAUUCACAGCAUAUCUUGAAAGAUGUCAUUACUCCACUAGAACAACUGAUGGUUGAAAAAGAAGGUUAUCUUCAAAAAGCUAAAAUUGCAGAUGGAGGAAAGAAACUAAGGAAAAAUUGGACUACUUCCUGGGUCGUCCUUUCUAGUCAAAAGAUUGAAUUUUACAAAGAAGCCAAGCAACAAGCUCUGUCUAAUAUGAAACCGGGGUAUAAACCAGAAAGUGUGGACUUGUGUGGAGCACUUAUUGAGUGGGCUAAGGAAAAAUCAAGCAGAAAGAAUGUCUUUCAGAUCACAACAAUAUCAGGAAAUGAGUUCCUUCUACAGUCAGAUAUUGACUUCAUCAUAUUGGAUUGGUUCCACGCUAUCAAAAAUGCAAUUGACAGAUUGCCAAAAGACCCAACUAAAACCUCAAGAAAUCGAGAAUUAUUCAAAAUCCAGAGAUCCUCCAGUACUGAAUUGCUAAGUCACUAUGAUAGUGAUAUAAAAGAACUGAAACCAGAACACAGAAAAUCUUUAAUGUUCCGGCUACAUCACAGUGCUUCUGAUACAAGCGACAAAAACCGAGUUAAAAGCAGAUUAAAGAAGUUUAUUACCCGGAGACCUUCUCUGAAAACUCUGCAAGAAAAGGGACUUAUUAAAGAUCAAAUUUUUGGCUCUCAUCUGCACACAGUGUGUAAACGUGAAAAUUCCACAGUUCCACGGUUUGUAAAGCAAUGCAUUGAAGCUGUUGAAAAAAGAGGUUUAGAUGUUGAUGGAAUAUACCGAGUUAGUGGCAAUCUGGCAACAAUACAGAAGUUAAAAUUUAUUGUCAACCAAGAAGAGAAUCUGAAUUUGGACGACAGCCAGUGGGAGGACAUCCACGUUGUCACCGGAGCACUGAAGAUGUUUUUCCGGGAGCUGUCUGAGCCGCUCUUCCCGUACAGCUUCUUUGAGCAGUUUGUAGAGGCAAUCAAAAAGCAAGACAACAAUGCAAGAAUUGAGACUGUGAAGAUUCUUGUACAAAAACUCCCUCCACCUAAUCGUGACACGAUGAAAACUCUCUUUGGACACCUAACUAAGAUAGUGGCCAGAGCCUCUAAGAAUCUCAUGUCCACACAAAGCUUAGGGAUUGUGUUUGGACCCACCCUUCUUCGAGCUGAAAAUGACACAGGAAACAUGGCGAUCCACAUGGUAUACCAAAACCAGAUAGCGGAACUCAUGCUGAGUGAGUACAAUAAGAUCUUCGGCUAGGAGGAAGACUGACAGACAAGACAAGUCACUGAAUAUGUUCACAUCUGUCUCAAUGCCUAAUAUUUUUACAUUUCUGUAAACAUAUUUCUGAAAUAUUUUUUUUCUUUUCAAGCGACAGAUGCCUCAUUUUGUGAAAACUUAAUGAUGAUUUUGUGUUUAAGUUCCAAACAUUGAAAUAAAAUAGUUGACAAUA